AUGGUAAGAAUUCUUCCCUCUAUGCCUAAAUUGCCUGCACCAAACAACACCAAGGUCGCCUUGCACCAUAACAAUAAACUUAAGAGCCCACAUACCCCACAGUUUCCAGCAAAAGUUCCACUUAAAGUGGGCCGCCAUCUCUUUUACACAAUUGGUUUGGGCGCAAGCCCAUGUUCCACUUGUCAAAAUGGUACACAACUCACAGCUUCAUUGAACAACAUAACCUUUGUGAUGCCAAAGAUUGGGCAGGCUCAUUAUUUCAAUAUCAAAGUAGUGUUCAGAACUGACUUUCCUAACCGUCCUCAAAUUCCAUUUAACUACACAGGUGUACCACUUGCUGCAAACCUUGGCACUUCAUUAGGAACAAGGCUCAGUAAGGUGGCUUUCAAUUCCACCAUUGAGCUGGUACUACAGGAUACCAAUCUUCUCACAGUAGAGUCACACCCAUUUCAUCUUCACGGUUUCAAUUUUCUUGUUGUUGGAAGUGGUGUUGGAAACUUUAAUCCCUCCAAAGACCCUGCUAAGUUUAACGUUGUCGAUCCACCUGAGAGAAAUACAGUUGGGGUAUCAACUGGAGGAUGGACAGCUAUUAGAUUCAGAGCGAUAGUCCCAGGCUUUUGGUUUAUGCAUUGUCACCUGGAGCUGCAUACUAUGUGGGGUUUAAAGAUGGCCUUUGUUGUUGAGACUGAGCACUCACCAGAAGAGUCUAUUGUACCACCACCGAAGGACCUUCCACCUUGCUAGACAAUGGGAAAACGAUUUGUUAAUUCUUUCUUGAUGGAGCAACAAUUCUUUGCUUCUACAUUUUACGUGUUUAUUUCAUCUUUGUUUUCUUGUAACAAGAUCCCCUGCAGCAG